AUGAGGUCUAUAAUUGUCUUUCAACUUAUUUUUUUCCUUAUUUAUACGAUAACUGAUACUUAUGGAUCAAAAAGAAUUAAAAGACAAAUUCUUCCUAAUGACAAAAUAAAGGUAUACUCAGUAUUUUCUAAUAUUACAUUUGACAAUAAUGUAGUUGUAGAUUCUACUCAAAGUAGAAUAAAUGUUACAGAAAAUAUUGGUAAUCUUGUUGUUUUUUCUGAAAGUUCAAAAUUAGAAUUUCCAUCAAAUUGUCAAUCAUUUAAUUUAACCUUGAAAAAUCAAGGAACAUUUUUUAAUAUAUCAAAUAUUAAAUUUGCUGCUAUUUCAAAUUUGGGACAUUUAUCUGAAAGUUCAAAUAGAAUAUCAAAUAGUGAUGAAACAACUGUAUAUGGAAUAUUUAAUGAUAAUGUUAAUUUAAAAGUUGAUGAUGGUCAAACAUUAUUUCAAGCUAUUAAUGGUACUAGUGGUAGUUUAAAUAUUUUAACAAGACAACAACCAUUAAGAUCAGGACAAGAAACAGAUAUAUCAGUUCUUUCGUUAAAAGCUAAUCAUUCUUUAACAAAUAAUGACAAGACAUUGUACAUUGAAUCUGAAACUACAACAUAUGAAAUUAUGGCUUCUAUAACUGGAGCAGAUAUUGGUAUUACAUUUAAUGGUUUAAGUGUUUUAUUAUACAAUAAUUAUAAUAGACUUUCAAUAUAUACCAACUCAUAUGUAUAUGAUAUUAAUGCUGAGUUUUCAAAUUACAGUAUGAGAUUAUCAAAUGAAUUAUUUGUUGUUUAUACCAGUGGUAAUGUCGUAACUAUUAUUUAUGAUUUAAGAAAUCAUGUUAUAAAAUUAAUUAUUCAACAACCUUCAGAUACAGGUAUUACUUUAGGUGGUGCAACUAUUGAGGGAAAUAAUAACAUGUCUUCAAGAAUUUUUGGUGAUGUACUUCAUGUCAAAUCAUCUGCUCUUCAAAUAACAUUAAAUGAUAAUGAAAAUAAAUUUCUUAUUAAUACAAAUAAAUCUCAAUUACAAUUUGGUUGUAAAAAUAAUUCAAUAACACUUGUUUCAAGUUUACAUGAAUUUCAGAUAAUUGAUGGUUCACCAAAUAUAACUGUUCAAUUAAAUAUUCCUAAUUUUUUUAUUAAUAUAUUUCCUAGAGUUAACAUUUCACAACCAUUAUGGUUAUCUAAAGAUAAUUUUAAUGAAUCUCAAUUUGGAAAUCUUUCAAAUGUUUUAGAUUCAAUUAUAACAAAUAUUAGUUAUAGUGAUCAAUUUAAUAAUGAAACAAAUUCUAAUAUAUUUGUUGAUAAUAAUGGUAAUAUUAUAAAUACUGGACACGUCACAAAUCAAAAUAUUCUUUCAACAAAUCCAUAUUCUAAUGAAGUAACAUUAAUACCAAAUAUUGAAACACUUUCAACAGCAUCUAAUCCUAUAUCAUUAGUAUCAAGUACUUUUAUAACUCCAAAUUUAAUAUCAUCUACUGAUAGAUCAACAUUUAAUACUUUAGUACCUAAUACUAAUAAAAAUAAUCAAAUAACAACAUGGCAAUCAACAUUCAAUAAAGAAGGUUUAUUUGAAGAUUUAGCUGUAUUUCAAUAUAAUACUGAACCAAGUAGAAAUGGUAUUAUUACAAUAACUGCAACAGUAUCUAGCAUUGAUUUAAAUGACAAUGAUAUUAAUAAUUAUUUAUCAACUCAACAGACAAUUAGUAUGGAAAAUGUUAAUACAAAAGAACAAAAUGAUAAUAAAUCUUCUACCAGCACACUUUUAAUGACAGAAAAUAUGACAACCACACCGAUAAAUAAUCAAACAGAAUUAAAUAAUUUUCCGAGUCCUCCACCGUUAAUCAAAUCACGAUUUUAUAAUUUAUUUCGAAAAACACGGAAUAUAAUGAAAGACCAAAAUACCUAUUAUGCUAUUUUAAAAAAGAAAAAUUAA